AUGACAGCCACCAGUGACGAAGAUCAGAAGCUCCUCCAAGUGGUAGACUCCAGGCUCCUUAAAAUCAUCGACGAAACGGCUGAGGAGCGUGCGAAAAAGAUAGUCGAAAAAUGUCUUAAAGAUCGCGAUGCGCAGAUAAAGGAACAGAGAAAAAAGGACAUCAAGACGAUGACAAAGGAAUUCUGCACCACCACCACCGCCCAUGGCAUCAGUCGAGUGGCAGAUGCUGAUACAGUUAGAUCAAGGAUGAUUUGGACCGCCAUACUCAUCACCUGCAUCACCCUGUUCGUGUACCAGGCCGCCAUCUUGAUCAAAGCGUACUUUGAGUACCCGGUCAACGUCGACAUCAAGGUUGUGGACAACAACAAGCUCACCUUUCCGUCCGUUACUGUCUGCAACAACAACCGAUUACGCAGAUCCAUGCUGAGAGGCACCCGGCAUGGCGCUUUGCUGGAGCUGGAUGAGCGGACUAAAAAUAACGUGAAGAACUACUUGCAAUUGGGGGAAAAAGAAUACUGCUUGUGUGGCGAAAUCCAAAGCGGUUUCGUACCCGGACCAAGCGACCCUUCUUAUGGGCAGGGAGUAGCGGUCGUCUAUCUCUCCAACGAAAGCGCUGAUGCUUCGACGGAAUGCAAACGCCAAUCUAAACAACUGUGCACCUUGGCUCAGCUCCUGAGAGCACCUGAAGAUGGCACACGGUCAGAAUGGAGCUACUUCAGCCAAGAGGGGUGGGCAGCUAAGCUCUUCCAUCAGUGCAACGCGGACGAUACUUGUGACACGUGCUACAAUGACAAGAUUCUUCUGAGACGUGUAGAUGACAUCACCGCUAAAAUCAACGCCACGCUCUGCUGCAAACCUGACAGUUACGUCAAACUAACCAAUCAAACCUUCGAAACUCACAUCGAGGCUUUGGAGUCAAGCGCAUGCGCAACCUUAGUUGGCGAUGUGCGCGGCAAACCAUGCACCGCUAGUCAGCUGAUAACAGCUCACAAAGAUGGCAGGCGUUUUGACGGCUGGGGAUGGAUUCGGGCAGGGCAAGGCGUUCAGAUGAUGCUAAAAGAUAACUGUUCAAAUAACACCGCAUCAACAUGUUACCAUGAAGUACUACCAACGAAUGAGACACCUCAAAAAGCCGGUUUGUUUUGUUGCUCUCCUCAAAUGUGCGUGCAGUCCGAAUGCACGGCCAAAGUUCCCGGAUGCAGCAAUCCGCUUGGAAUGGAGAGCGGGAAAAUAUACGACCACCAAAUUACAGCGUCUUCAUCUGCCGUAGAUUACCCACCAGAGUACGGUCGAUUGAAUUUCAAGAACGGGUGGCAAUUUGAUCCCAACGAUGAUGAAAAUCCGCGCUUUGAGGUAGAUUUUGGCAGAACGGUCAUCCUGACAGGGUUAGUAAUACAAGGAAACGUUCAAACUUAUGGCAUACAGCACGGCCUGACGUCGACUGAUUGGUCAGACUAUGUAGAUGAGUAUGGUGAAGUCGUCCUUUUCUGCGGCCAUGUCAACGGCAAUGGCUACAACUUCCAGCAUCUGUCACACCCUGUCUUAACCCGUCACGUCGCCAUUCUGCCUCGUUCCAACGGACAGAACGAUGGGGGAAAUAAAAACAUGAGAGUUGAGUUUCUUGGAUGUGAAGAGACUGACUGCAUCUUUGGCAUCUUUCUUCAUCCCGUAUUACCGACAAUGAACAUGAUAGAUCCCAGUUCCAUCAGCUGCAGCAGCAAAGACUGUGUGACAAACGUCACCACAUAUCGCGGGACCGUUCGGUCUUCUGGUAACGCAAACUGCCAGGACUGGGCCUGCCCUAACCGGUACUUCGACUAUUGCCUGGAGGAAAACUUCUGCCGGUUUGCACCGAAUGGAGAUCGCACAAACCUAGUCUGUCCUUCUGCCUCUGGUUCCCAAGAAGCAAACCUGACUUCUGCUCCUUGUCAGUCAAUCGCAAAAUGCUCCAUCAGCGAGAAUGACGACGAACCAAUAUUCCCCACAAAGCACAGGUUUUACCAGCAAACUUACGCCGCCCAGUAUUGUGAAGAACGUGGGAAACAACUGUGUUCUCUAGAGCAACUGGUCUUGUUAAACACAUUCAAAGAUGUCAAGGCAACUGAAUGGGGCUGGAUCCGCGAUAAGGACAUGGAGGCCAUAUUUGAAGAAGACUGCACAAACUCAACUUCGGAAUUUUGUUUCAAAAACGUUUAUCGUUAUCGAGUUGCAAAUGAAGUACGAAAUGUAGCUUACUGCUGUGACGACUCCCUGUUUAGACUCACGGAGAAGACUUACCGUAACCACAGCAGUGCUGAGAAGGGCUGCCGUGACCAGGGAAUGCAACUUUGUCUACCUUCACAGCUACUCGCCAUCCAUGGUGCUUCCAUCAGGCGCGACAGUUACCCAGAGGACAUUGCGUGGAUCAACAUGGCCGACAAAGUUGCACUGCUUAACGAAACCUGCGGGUGCAAUGUUGGCGAAGGAUGCUUCGAUUAUAGAUUUCCUUUAUACGAAAUCAAUCGCCCUGAAGCGUACAAAGCGUUAUGUUGUGAGGAGAGUUUCUUAUUGAGUCAGGGCCAGUUUUCCAACCAGUUGGAGGCCUUUACAGUGUGCAACAAGACCGGCAAGCAGACCUGUUCGCGCCCGCAACUCAAUGACUUGUAUACCGACGGCGUGUAA